UAUCAAGCAGCAGGCUGCAGUGCACUGGAACAAGUGACAGCAGCUGGCAGUGCGAGAGCCGGACCAACUCGCCCUGGCAUUUACCUGAUUGUUAAUCCUGGCUACGUUUCGUUGUGCGAUCGUUGAGCAGUAGGCCACGGUAACUAGAGAGAAACCCUCGCUGUACCAAAUGGUAGGACGCUGCAGCGCAGAGAACUGAAUAGCUUUUGCAACACAAUGGGAAACUCGGAUUCGAAGUUGAACUUCCGAAAAGCCGUUGUGCAGUUGACCACACGGAACCAGCCAAUCGACACGAAAGACGAACUUUUUUGGGAGCAGUUGUGGACAGAAAGCCUCGAUUGUGUACAAGACAUCUUCACGUUGAUGCCGGCGGCUGAGGUUCGUAGCCUUCGCGAUGAAGCCCCUUCAAAUCUAGCCACAUUAUGCUAUAAAGCCGUAGAAAAGCUGGCCACGGCUGCUGAUACGCUUCUACAGGUCGACAGUUCCCGUGAACAACAAAUCGUGUUAAAUUGUGUCCGACUGCUCACCCGACUGGUGCCUUACAUCUUCGAGGAUCCCGACUGGAGGGGAUUUUUUUGGACUUGUCUCCCCGGGUCUGGAGCUCAGACGUCAAGUUUAGGUACCGGCCCAAACCAGUCAAGAGCCAGUCAAGAUGGAGAAGGACUAAGGAUCCCUUCAGCAAAUUAUGGCACUCUUGGGCAUACACUACUCAUAUCGCUCUGUGAUCUUUUGUUCUGUCCGGAUUUCACGGUACACUCUGCACGAGCUUCCGGAAUGUCGGGCGGCGGUAUUUUCAAGGGUCCCGAUGGACCCGAAGAGGUCACCGAUUCAUGCGAACUCAUAUGGGAGCCUGGUGUUGGUUGUGCGCAUGCUCCCCCGCGAUCUGCGCGUCAUGAUGCCGCUCGAACAGAGAUACUCAAACUCUUACUCACGCUAUUCUCCGACACAAUGUACCAACCACUUGCUCCUUCAUCGAGUUCUGGAUCUUUCGAGCAGCGUUCGGCAAACCGCUGGCUGGAUGUAUUUACAUCUACGGAGAAUCGCCACGCUUUACCAUUGUUUACAUCGUUGCUUAAUACAAUCUGCGGAUAUGAUCCGUAUUCAUCUUUGGUGCCUCUUAAUCAUCUCCUGUUCGAAGAUUCCAGGGAACCUCUCGUCGAAGUUGCGCUUCAACUACUCAUUGUGACCCUCGACCAUGACAGCGGGGAUAACCUUUUCGUCAACUACCUGUCUCGGGUACAUCGUGAUCACGAUCUUGAACUUAUACUUAGCGGUUUCACACGGCUCCUCAACAACCCCCUGCAGUCGUCUUAUCUACCCACAAAAAAAAUCCAGUUUCAUCAGGAGCUGUUAGUACUGUUCUGGAAGGCGUGUGAUCACAAUCGCAAGUUUCUUUUCUUCGUCCUAAAGAGUUCAGCUGUACUUAAUAUCCUCGUGCCCACACUUUACCAUUUGAACGAGGCACGCGCCGACCAGUCGCGCGUAGGUCUAGUCCAUAUUGGUGUGUUUAUCCUACUGCUUUUGUCGGGUGAGCGAAACUUCGGCGUGCGCCUUAACAAACCAUAUACGGCCUCCGUGUCAAUGGAUGUCCCCUUGUUUAGUGGGACUCAUGCAGACCUGCUAAUUCUUGUAUUUCAUCGUAUGAUUACGACAGGCCAUUCAAAGCUACAGCCACUCUUCGAUUGUCUGCUUACGAUCAUCGUUAAUGUAUCGCCGUACCUGAAGUCCUUAUCGAUGGUGGCAGCGAGUAAACUGCUCCAUCUGCUCGAGGCAUUUUCAACCCCAUGGUUCCUCUACUCAAAUCCCAACAAUCAUCAUCUUGUAUUUUUUUUACUUGAAGUGUUCAACAACAUCAUACAAUAUCAGUUUGAUGGCAAUUCGAACUUGGUUUACACCAUCAUUCGGAAAAGGAACAUUUUCCAUAUAUUGGGAAACCUACCAACGGACAGGGCGACCAUACAAAGAAGUGUAGCAGGUGGCGGGAUGCGUUUACCGCAUCAACUUUCAGGAGGACAUCGUGACUUUCAGCAGCACCAGCAGCCAUCGGAAAAGCAGGCACGGUACCACCAACAACAAAGAUCUACAAUGGAUCCGCCGAGCAAACGGGCGAAUUCUACGGAAGCUAAGUCUGUUGGGGACCUGACGGUACCUUGCGGUACCGUCAACUCCCCAACAGACUCAGAUGGUCCUGACGGAGGUUCCUCGGCGGCUAGCGCCGGAAACGCUAUCAAAUCAUCUUCAGAAGAGAGCCAACACGAUCACGACUGCAAGCAAGUGGCUACACUCGCCGCAACACCAAGAAUUGAGAAAAUGACAGAAAAAGAGGAGGCGCACAAAAUGACCAAUCUUGAUCUCGAUGGCCUUCCGACACCUCCUUCGCCAUUGGAGACGUCGCGCACGAGUCGAAUGGACGCAGCAGGUACCGCCGAUGGACGGGAAGGUUCUGAGAUUUCCGGUGAACAGCACGCUUGUCAUGACAAGAUGCUUCUACGUAAGCAGGGCUCGCUACCAUCGCUUUCGUCUAGUCAGGCAAGCCGAGAGAGCGAUUGGACGGCCACAUCCGAGUGGGUUAUCAGUUGGAAAGCUAAGCUUCCGCUGCAAACAAUUAUGCGGCUGUUGCAAGUAUUAGUACCACAGGUGGAAAAAAUCUGCAUUGAUAAGGGUUUGACCGACGAGUCCGAGAUCUUGAAGUUUCUCCAACAUGGAACGCUGGUCGGUUUACUGCCGGUACCUCAUCCCAUACUAAUUCGCAAGUAUCAGGCAAAUGCAGGUACCGCCCUUUGGUUUAAGACGUACAUGUGGGGAGUAAUCUACCUGCGUAACACCGACCCACCAAUCUGGUAUGAUACGCACGUCCAGUUGUUCCAAAUCCAUACAUUAUAAGAAUACUGUAAAAGAAGACCGCACCAAUGAGAAAGACCACGUGUAUAGAAGCAAACACUUUCCGUCUGUCCGAUGGCUGUUCAUAACCGCAUCAGCAGCGAACUGAUCCUUUUGAGAACGUGUCCGGUUCAGAACGCUCGAAAGCCUUCAAUUAAGCUUUUCACUGCUAUAUUUAAAGUUUGUGCCCGAUGCCACACACACACGCGCCCACACACAGAUAUAUAUAUUAUAUGUACUGAUAAUUUUCAGCCAUAUCAAACAAUACGAGCUAGAAAUAUCGUUGUGAAUUUAUCAGGUACAGUCUUCAUUUGGAAUAACAGAAAACACAUAUAAAGAAGUGACGCUUAAUCAGUAAGUAUGUAUAGCUGAACAGUAGUAUGUUAAUUGGCUUUAAAAAACAAUUUAAUAAUCAUUGACGAUGUACCUAUAGCUGUGGAGCCUAUUUGUGGAUCGCUUAUCUACAGAAUUUGAUAUGAUAUUAGACCAGUAGAAGCAGUGAGUUGAGGCUUUGGGUCAAUAAAGCCCACCUUAGAAAACGGACCGGACUUGAGGCCGUAAUAACCAAUACAUUUCGCCAAGAAGCACAGGAUUGAAUGAUAUGCUGAUACUUGAUGGAAUCUCUAUUUUAGGUCUCGAUUUGAAUGUACGUCGGUAAAGCAACCCAUGUCAUAUACCUAAUGCUAUUGGCUAAGUGCACUGCAUGUAAGAAGCAGUGCAUGAUUUAAUUUUUUCGUUAGAAGUAAAGUAACACGGUGUAUGUAGGAAACGUGCUUUUUGCAUUUAUCUCAUAUGAAUCUGACCUGCAUUAAAGAUCAGUGAUCUUAUAUAUAUUCUGCUAAUUUAUACGGGUGCAGACCGUCUAUGCCGAUUAUAAUCUUGUAUUUUAUGCAACUUCGUAUUGACAAUGUUAUCGCUCAACGCUUUAGUUUGAUGCCUGGAUUGUGGCAGCGACCUAGGUUUUGACGAAAGAUUUGCAUUGAAAAUAAACAGAGAUAAGAAGAGAGACAGAGUACGUUUUACAAGAUUAAAUAUCUAAGGGAGCAGUAUCACACGUAAAUUUCGGAAUCCAAACAUACGUAAAUAGGUGAUUGUAAAGGACAUUUUGUUGUGUUGAAGCGGACUGACAUAAAUUGACUGUAUCAACGUACAGUUAUAGGUACUGCAGCCGCUUCUUUUGACUCCAUUUGAAUACCAAAAAGCCGACUUCUGAUACGAGCUAGAGGCUUUGCAAUUACAAUGCAAAGUUUUAUCAACUAAACUUUUGAUACAGAUUUCUAGUUAGGAAGAUAAGUUAGGGUUAGUUAUCCCGAAUGUUCAUUUUUUUGAGUAAUCUACGUUCAAGGUCAAAUAUAUAGACAAAAGGAAUUAGUGAUUAUUUAUUUCUGAUCUCUAAAAGACAUUGAAUCAAUAUGAGUCAAGCGUGCAGUUCCUUUGCAAGUUUUAAGAAGCAUUGAAUUCUUGUUGGCUAAAAGUCUAGUCAACCUCAGAAGCAUAUUCGAUUCAAAGAUGUCCUAUAAUCAAGCUGAAAAUCAGCCUUUGUUACGUAGGAGCAAAAGUUCAUAUGUUCAAAAGUUUCCAUUCCAUUGCCACUCCGCCUUGCUAUUCUGUCAAACGUCUAGAAUGGAAAAAUACUACUAACUAUUAAUUCCUGUAAUUAUUGUGUAUCACAUAUUGUAAAAUAGUAUAUAUUACGUAAGGUUCUAAAUUACGGGUGAACUGAUAGACGAGAAUCGAAAAUAGUCGUCAAAUUUUUGGACAUAAAACACUAGCAUUUCGUAUAUUAUACUUACCCUGACAGCGGCUAUCACAAACUAAAAACUGAGGUGGGAUUGUAGUCUAUAACACUUAUUUUUGCUUUUUGUUACGUAAACAAACUACAAACACCUUUGAAUGUAUUAUUUAUUUAAGAAAGAAUAAUUUAAGUUGUGUGUAACAUAAUGUGCGGUGGUUUUGUCGUUUUAAAGAAAAAUAUAUACAAUAAUUUAUAUUAUUAUAUAAUAUAUUAUAUGAUAAUGAAUAAAUAUUAUUGUACCGUAAGCCUACUUAUUGGCUUCUAUUUCCUUCAAUGGAUUUAUGUACACUAAUAAACACGAUGCCUUUUUGGGAACACUUUUCUAUUAUUCACCCAAUCGUCGUUCUUUUUUUUUUUUUAAUUUUUUUUUUGCUACUAUACUCUGCAACUUUUAUUUGAUGAAUCAAUUGGAACUCUUAUAUUAAAUAUUAUAUUUCAAUUUAUACCAAACACCGCGAAAGACGCAUCGACGAAUAAUCAAGUGUGAAACCCAACAUUAAAAGCACCUAUAUAAAUGCAUUGGGGUCAUAUUUUGGGGAAGUGAUCGAAUAAAGUUUCACAAAUAGGGAGCAAAUUGACCAAAUAAAAUAUAAAUAUGUGGAUUCCAUAUUGACUGGGUUUGUCGGUGGGAUUAUAGUGAGGGCCUCAGAGCAUAAACGAAAAAUUAGCGUUAUCAUGGGGAGGUUAUCUUAUGUUUUAUUAUACUCUACAUUUCAUCGUUCUCAUAUAAUAUCAGGAACUGGGUCUAAAUAUGGACAAUAAAAAUGGAACGAACGGUAUCUACUUUAGUUUCGUUUGACAUGGCUAGUUAUUGUAUGUUAGUAGAAAACUUAAAAACUCGAACAUUGGCAUCCUAUCUUUUGGCUAGAGAAGGGGAUCAUCAUACAAGCAUUAGAAAAUGCUUGGUGAGAGCAAGUAAUU